AUGGAAAAAGACAAAGUUGUAGACGAAUCAAAUGUAUGUCAUGUUUGCAAUGGAGAUGUAGGCCAAGCCCAUUCAUGUUUGACUUGCCACCGCUUUAUCCAUAUUUUUUGUGGUACUCAACAAGACGAGGAAGGCUAUGGUCAGAAAGCUAUUUGCAAAGAUUGUAGCGGUAUAUCACUAGUAACAAUAUUUCUUCCUAACAUAUUUUUGUACUGAUUGUUAGAAAUUAAUGUCAAAUUUAAUAAAAAUUAAUUAAAAAUUGCAUGUUAAUACAUUUUUAUAUAAUUUUGUAUUUUCCUCACAGAUGUUCAAAUAGUUAACAAACCAGUCGAGAAGACGACUUGUACGACCAAGGAGACCCCAAAGGCAAAACGACCAUGGGAUUGGAAACAGUGUGGCUUAUCCCAGCAAAAGUCGUCCUCUCAGAUCCCUGAAAAAGUUAGAAAGACCUCUAGCACAGAGAAGGGAGUACAGCAGAAGUUCGUAUGCAUUGAUUGUCUUGAGCAAUCUCUUCAAGGAAAAACCGAUGAAAGGUUUGCACAAAUUUGUCGCUUAGACAACACUAGUAUUAAACGCCAUAUAUCAAGGUGGCACUGUCCCCCCAAAAGCGAAAGCUGCCGAUUUGUCCCGUCAAAUUCAAUUCAAGUACAGGUGUUAAGAAGGAAAUAUGAUAAGCCGAAAAUAAUUCAAUCUAGUUCUAAUACAAACAAGCAAGCACCUCGUCAAGCUCCACAGCCUCUCCUCACUGAAAGUGGGGAGAUAGAGUCGUUAUGUGAUGUUGAAACAAGGCAGCUCAAUGACAAGAAAGGCCAAGAUAUCUCUGAGCUGCAGCAGUCGAAAGACGAAGGAGACGAUUCUGAUUCGAUUGGCAGUUCAUCAGCCUCUACAACAGUGAAAAUGCAGUCAACCUUACUCCAGUUUGGUACAUGUCAAUCAGAUAACGAUAGAACGCCUGUCACUUUGGAGAAAGUUAUGGAAGCAAUUCAGAAUCUGAAUAUUAAGGUUGACGACAUAGCAAAGAAGCAUUCCUCACUUGCACAUUUGGCCUGUGAAGACAGUGACACGUCUAAAGCUAUACGUCGCCUAAAAUCAGCGGAAAAUAUUAUUCAGAUUGCUGAAGCAACCAAUCUUCUGGAAUGGUUUUAUGACGAGGAUGAAGAGACGGGGAUACUACGCUGCUUACCUUGUUUCCAACUGUACAUGGCCUCCAGGCCAAAUCUCGCAAAUCUAACGCCUCUAAGAGCUCAACGCCUUUUAUCCUCCAGCAGUAGUGGAACAUUUGCGACAGGUAUCUUGUUGAAGAAGGAAACAACGCGUCUUCUUAUACAAGGCCAUAAUUCGAGAUGGUAUACACAGAAGAAUUCAUGUUUAGAGCACUUGUGUCUAAUCGGAACUGGGUCUAAUAUUCAUAAGAAAGCGAUGGAUGAAUAUAAGCGGAAUUUGCAAAUCGAGCAACGGAGAUCAACUGCAGCAAUGAAUAUCUUUCGUUCUGUGAUAGCUGAUUUGAAACUUGGUGCAGCUGCUCAGCAUGUAGAAACAUUAAUUUCCUUGCUCGCAUCAUGUUCUGUAAAUGUUGGCUGUAUCAGGCAUUGUAGAAAGAACGUCAAAGACAUUCUUUACUGCCUCGAGAAGACUGUUAAUGGCAGAAUACUCAAGUGGUUAAGUACGCCUCUCCCAUCAACGAUGAUUCCACCACAUUAUUGGGCAACCAUCGACAAGAGCACACCAAGUAGAACAACAAACCAAGCUACCCUCAUCGUAGCACGCGAUGAAAACGGCAUUCCGAAUCCAAUUCCUGUGGCAGCUCCUCCAGUGUACUCAGAGUUUGAUGUUGCUUCUUACGAGAAGAUGGCAGAGAUGCUGCUGAAAGUUAUUCAAGAUAAUUUUUCAACUGAUUUGCAGGCUAGAUUGUGUGCUGUUUCCGCAGAUGGGCCAUAUCAAGCAAAUGGCUUCCGUGGCAAACCUUUGGAGAAACUGGGGAUUGAAGAUAACGAACUUGCUUUACCCGUAAUAUGGGAUGCUGCACACAUACUAAAUUUGGCUGUACUAGAUGUCAAAGACUCGAACACUGACAGCGGUCAACACUUCCGAAGAUUCGUAAAACGUUGCAAUGUAUUUAAUACUAUCCUAGCAAAUGGUAAAGGGUUUGCUUUUCUUCAACUGACUGAUUCUUCUGCAAGACGACCAGUUUCAUAUGCUUGUCAAAGGUUCGCGAGUUCAUCUUACGAACAGUGGGAAAAAAUUGAGAAGAGCUUCGCUUCCUACUGGCAGGCGUUUGAUCUUCUUUACCCCAAUCGACGCGAAGACGAGGAAUAUCAGUAUAUGAUUGCAGGGUCGGAUUUUAUCAUGGAUCUUCUCGCAUUCCUAGACACGAUGAAGCCGGUUGUUGAUUCGAUGCUCCGGGUGCAGUCUUUAGACACGCCUGUAUGGAAGCUCAAGCUUUGGUGGCCAAGCAUUAAAGCGUUGAUGGCAAAGGCCUCCAAUGAAUAUCCCGUUUCACUUCCAAAGUUAAAUAAAGUGAUGGGAUCACUCAAAGCAGGCUGUACAUAUAACGCAGUGACCCUUCUACCGGGCUGGUUAAUUACAAAUGUCGAAGGGUGUGGCGGGAAUAAAACUUACACAUGGUCGUUACGAGAUGACGAGGAUAUAGAGAAUGAUCAUGUCCAAUUCGCCAAGGAUUUGAUGACAGCCGUGGAGAACAGGGUAUUGUCCGUCACAUCUAGUGCGUUUUUAUCGGUAUUAGAAGUCUUUGAUGCCCAGUCUCUUGUAAACCUGCAAUGUGGUCGAAUGGUUGAGCAGGAAAUAGAAUUUCAAAUCCCUGCUGGAGAAUACGACAAUUAUGGUUUACAGCAAUGUAAGGAGGUAUUAUUUCAUGAUUAUAUUAUAUAAAAUUGUUUUGUAAUUUCAACCAGUUCGUUCUUUGUCAUGCAAUUUGCAUGCAGACAUCUAAGAGCUGGUAAAUUCGUUCUCUUUUCAAGGUAAUGAAAAUCAUCUCGCAGAUGCAGCAUAUAAAGGAGUCAGGAAUGGAUUUCGACCCAAGGCUAGCAAACAGGUUCAUGCGUUGUCUGAAAGAAACAGUUUUAGCAGGAGUUUGGAAAGGCCUAUGUCCGGAAUGGUUUGUUGAUGACAAAAACAGACCGGUACAACAGCCUAGCGAUGCAGUACUCAAGGAGUUCAAAAUACACCUUUUGAUGCGAUGUUUGAGAUGGUUUUCAGCAACGGAAAAAGAAACAAAGUUCGCUUACACGAACAGAACUUGUACGAGUCAUUCUACUCUAACAAAGAAAUCUACUCCAUCGCAAAACCACCAACUUGCAUCAUCCUUGACGUAG